AUGAAGAUUAGGAUUAACGACCAUAUCCCAAUAUGGAUCCGUAAUUUUCGUGAUAAUGAAGAAACACCAUAUCUGAAUCGCCAUGCUCCGGCUAAGGAAAAGCCAGGAGCACGUCCCAAGAGACAACGAUUUAGAAAAACAUGGUGCUAUAGCGCCUCUCAGUCGUCUCCACCACCUACCCCCCACAAUAGCCUGACGCUACUUCUUCCCGUAGCGAAAGCUCCGUCACUCUUGGAAUCGACGCAGUCUCACCGAAAUGUGCCACCAUAUCAGACCGCACCUCACUUUUCGCAAGCAGUCUCUAGCGUCACCCAUUCACAUGAUAAUCAAAAUCGUCCAGAUGACGUUGAGAUAGAACGCUAA